AUGGAAUUCCCAAAAACACAAGCAGAAAAGAUCAUUAGAGAGAUGAACUUGUUCCCUGAACUUGAUGUGAACAUUGUUGAAGAUGAUCCUGCUUUGACAGCACCAAAAAUGGUCGAAAAAAGUUUUAGAUUCCCCGGUUUAAGUAAUCCCGCACCCAGUGUUCAAGAUUUGGGUCACAGGGCUGGAUAUUAUAGACUUCCUCACACCAAAGGUGCAAGGAUGUUCUACUUUUUCUUUGAAUCAAGAAACACGAUGAGCACUGACCCGGUUGUUGUUUGGUUAACGGGAGGACCAGGAUGCAGCGGAUCGUUGGCCCUGUUUUACGAAAACGGCCCUUUCCACAUAACAGACGACUUAUCUCUUGUAUGGAAUGAUUUUGGUUGGGAUAAGGUCUCAAACAUUAUAUAUGUCGACCAACCGACUGGAACAGGUUUCAGUUAUACUUCAGACGAGAAUGACAUACGAGCGACUUCUGAGGGAGCUGCUGGGGAUUUCUAUGACUUCCUGCAGGCAUUUUUCCAAGCCCACCCUCAGUAUGCAAAGAAUGACUUUUACAUCACUGGAGAAUCAUACGCCGGGCACUACAUUCCUGCUUUUGCUGCUCGGAUACAACAGGGAAACAAUAAUAAAGAAGGGAUUCAUAUUAACAUGAAAGGAUUAGCUAUUGGUAAUGGAAUGACAGAUCCACAGAUCCAGUACAAAGCAUAUACUGAUUAUGCUUUAAACAUGAAAUUGAUCACCCAAUCUGAUUAUGACAGCAUGAAUGAGUCAGUUUCUGAAUGUGUAGAGGCAAUAAAAAUCUGUGGAAGGAGUAAUGGUUCAUCAUCAGCGUGUUCCCAGGCUUAUGUUGAGUGCAACGACAUUUUCAAUAAUAUACUUAACAUAGCUGGUGAUAUAAAUUACUAUGAUAUUAGAAAAACUUGUGUGGGUUCUCUGUGCUACGACUUCUCGAACAUGGAAAAUUUUUUGAACCAGAACUCAGUUAGACAAGCACUUGGCGUUGGAAAUAUAAAAUUUGUUUCAUGUAGUACUGUUGUGUCUGAUGCAAUGACAAUGGACUGGAUGAAAAAUUUCGAAGUCGGUGUUCCUGCUCUACUAGAGAAUGGAGUCAAGUUACUUAUAUAUGCUGGGGAGUAUGAUCUUAUUUGCAACUGGCUUGGAAACUCAAGAUGGGUCGAUGCCAUGGUAUGGUCUGGACAGAAAGACUUUGUAUCGACUCCUUCCUUUCCAUUUAGCGUGGAUGGAGUGGAGGCAGGAUUACAGAAAAGCCACGGACAACUCACUUUCCUUAAGGUCCAUAAUGCCGGUCACAUGGUUCCUAUGGAUCAACCUAAAGCAUCACUAGAAAUGCUAAAGAGGUGGAUGCAAGGUAUAUCUCUGUGA